CGAUGCAAUGUAUAACAACUGAUAGCAGGUUAUAUUUCCAACCCUGUAGAUGGAUUUAGUUUUAUAAAAAUUUUAAGUCUAGAGAGUUAUAAACAACUUUAGUUUAUAUUCAUUUGUUUGUCACUUGGUAAUUUAAAGGGAUAGAUAUUGUGGUCUUGAAUAAUAUAUAGUAAGUUCUAAGACUUAACCAUCUUAACAUUUCUAAAAUGAUUGAAAAUAAACAGUUUGGUUUAGAAGAAGGUGUUAGGAACUUUAUAUUAGAUGUCAAAUACGAAAGAAUUCACAAUGACAUAGUUAUUGAAGCAGUUAAACUAUUUAAAGAUAUAAUUGUUAAUGUUGAAUGGACUACUGCUAAUGAUCUGCUUCAGAUUAUCAAAAUUCAAGGUAAGAAAAUUGCAAAGAAUAUGCCUCUGAAUUCUUCUGUUGGAAAUAUUGUGAGACGAAUUUUGAAAAUAAUUCGAGAAGAAUAUUUGUCACUUCUAAAGAACAAACAAGAUGAAUCUCAAGAAGAAUCAUUACACAAAAUUGUGACAAGUGAAGGACAGAGUGACGAUUUUAAUAAAAAUAUCCCUCAAUUAAAACUUGCAAUAAUAGAUCAUUUGAAUGAAUUUGAAACUGAACUUGAAGGUAUUGCUGACAAUAUUGCUCAACAGGCAAGGGAACACAUACAUUCUAAUGAAAUAAUAAUGACAAUUGGGAAUUCGGAAACUGUGGAAGCUUUUCUCAAGAAGGCGGCUAAGGAUAGAAAGUUUGAGGUAAUAGUUGCGGCUUGUUCUCCUUCUAAUCAAGGUCACGAUUUAGCUUUGAAUUUAGCCAAGAGUAAAAUACAGACAACGCUCAUACCCGAUUCUGCUAUAUUUGGUAUAAUGUCGAGGGUUAAUAAAGUUAUAAUUGGGACACAAACAGUGAUGGCUAAUGGAGGUUUAAGAGCAGUCUGUGGGACUCAUCCACUUGCUUUAGCUGCUAAACAUUAUUCUGUGCCUGUAAUUGUUUUAGCUCCACUCUAUCAGCUCAGUCCUCAGUAUCUGUGUUCGUAUGAUCAAGAUUCAUUUAAUAGUUUUAUUUCUCCAGAGGGAGUUCUCAAUUAUGCUGAUGGAGAUAUUUUAUCUAAGGUUCACGUUUACAACCCUGUGUUUGAUUACGUACCUCCAGAAUUUGUUACAUUGUUUAUAUCUAAUACUGGAGGUCAUGCUCCUUCUUAUGUAUAUAGGUUGCUUAGUGAAUUGUAUCAUGCUGAUGAUUAUGAAUUAUGAUGAGUAUUUUAAUAUAUGUUUGAUUAUAAAUAUAUUUGUUUUAUUAAAAAUAAAUAUAUAUAUUUUUUCAGUACCUUAAUAAUAGAAUACAGACUACAUCUGAUUUUGCUAUACUUGAUUUAAUAGUAAGAUACAGAAGUAACCCUCUCGCUAUUGGUAAAUUGUACUCCACUAUUGUUGCUGUUGGUAAAGGUAUGGCCACAUGACAAACAUUUCCCAUGAAGGUGGCUUUACCUUUAAAAACAUUACGUAUUUAAAUCAAUUUCGUAAUCCAUAGUUAUAACCAAUUUAUUCUAACCACAGUGGAAUGUUUAAGAUAUAUUUAGUGCAUCUGCACAAAAUAAAUUUAAACUCCUCCAGGCUGAAUUUGGAUUGUGUCACAAGACUCGAAUGUAUUGAAUUUUUGUUUUCUUUAUUUGACCAAAUUGUUGGCAAACUGGACUUGUACAGAUGUUCUGAAGAUAGGGACGAUAAAUAAAUGAAUACUUUAUUUUACCGGCAUUGAAUGAGACUGAGUAGUAGCUGAGUAGAAAUGAAAAAUGAAAACCCCAAACCAAUUAAUAAAAUAGAUACAAUUUAUUCCAAAACUAAAAAUAAAGUACCUACCGAUAAAUUAACAAAUAUUAUUUAUAAAAUAAAUUGUAAAAAUUGCAACAACAAAUCAUAUUUUGGACAGACAUCACAAUGGUUUGAAAAAUUGCUUAAACAACAUAAAGAAAAUUGUAAUUAAAAAAAACAAAAAUUAAAUUAGCUACUGGACUCUCAACAUACUAUGAAGAACAAAACAUAAAUUUGAUUUCAAAAACUCCAAAAUCUUGCAUAAUACGACUUGCAUAAGAAAUACGAAUAAACGUUGAAUUAAGGAAGCAAUAUACAUAACUAAAAACUCAGUAAAUAAUCAUACAGACGUGGAUAAUAUGAAUACAUUUUACGUGAGUGCAAUUGAAAAAAUCAAAAUUUGCAAAAUAAAUUAGCUAAUAUUACUUAAAAUAGGUCCACAUAUAAUAUUGGGAAACAUCAUUGUAUAUGUUUAUAAUAAAUAGUCUUCCCCUUCUCCUAUAAGAAUAACCAGUCACUGAAUAGAAAUGAGACGGAUAACAUGUGGGUGACACAUGAUAAGGUAAUUUUUACUUAUUUGAAUCAUUUAAUAAGAAAGAAUUGAGUAAUAAUAAUGUUAUAAAAUAAUUAAAGGUGGACAGGCAAGAAUAAAAAAUGUUAUUAUGAGUAGACGCAUGCAAUUCGCAUAAGUGAAAAG